CGGUGAUGAAAAGUUGUGUUAGUCUUAGAUUUCCACUCUCUACUCGAUUAGUUGACUUAAGAGGUAUUUGCCUAGGAUCCAGAUAUUUGCAUACCAAGAUGGCCACCCCAGAAAGACGGUCUGAUUUAGCUGCCAACUAUGAUAGUAUAAUAAAACAAGUGAAUGAAACUGCUAGUGGGAAACAAGUUAAAUUGGUAGCCGUUUCCAAAUAUAAACCUGUAGAAGACUUGAAGGCUUUGUAUGAUCAUGGUGUUCGUGACUUUGGUGAAAAUUACGUCCAAGAGUUGUUAACCAAAGCCGAAACUUUACCAAAAGAUAUUAGAUGGCAUUUUAUUGGAGGAUUGCAAAGUGGGAAAUGCAAGGAUUUAUCAAACAAUAUUCCAAAUUUGUACGCUGUUCAUUCUAUCGAUAGCUUCAAAAAAGUUAAAAAAAUGAACUCUACAAGAAAAGCAGCCGAAGGCAACCCGGUCAACGUAUUUCUUCAAAUCAAUACUUCUGGUGAAUCUCAAAAAUCUGGUUAUUCGCUUGGUGAUCAGAAAGAACUUCACGAAAGUAUUGACUAUAUUUUAAACAAUAAAGAAUGCGACAAGCUAAACCUUCUUGGGUUAAUGACCAUUGGAUCAUUUGCCGAGUCUGUUGCUGGUGUAGAGAACAAAGAUUUCAAGGCCUUGACCGAUUUGAAAAAAGAACUUGAUGCAAAAUAUAACAUUGAUUUAGACUUAAGUAUGGGUAUGAGUAAUGAUUUCAUCGAAGCAAUAAGACAAGGAAGUUCUGUCGUUAGAGUUGGUAGCUCGAUUUUUGGUGCUAGACCGGUUAAACCUUGAUGCUUUUGGGCUUCUUGUAAAUAUUACUAUUUUACGAUUUUAUUGAUGAUUAAAUAUAUAGCAUUAC